AUUACGCCUCCAUUCUCUUCCCUACUCUAAAGUCUGGUGAUAUUUGUAGGGAUAUUUUAGGCUAAAAUUUUUAGGGAAUUUUUUUAAAUGUCAGUAAUCAUAUGCAAUAUUUUGUGUUGAGAAAAUACAAACUGAGCGUUAAUUAGCGUUUCAUUCACUGUAGGCAAAGCUAGGAAUAUUUUUCGGUAUUUCAGAAUCAAAACAACUAUUCUCUGAUCAUUAAACAUAAGUAGUCAGGUAGUCGGGCACAAUGGAGCAAACAAUCGUUAAAAAAGAACCUGAAGAACUCGACGAUUUCAAAGGUGAUAUUUUGAUGAAUUACGAUAAGCCAAGUUUCUGUACUGACCAAGAAAUCCCUUCAAUCUCUGUGACAACAAUAAAACAAGAAAUCAAGGAGGAGUUGGAUGAUCAUGAAGCAUUGUUUGAGAAAGGAUCUGAAAUCAAAGAAAGUGAUGAAGACAAUUCUGAUCAUGGAGAUGAAAUUGAUCCUUUCUUUUGCAAUAUUAAGGAAGAAGGAAGGUACAGUGACUUUUCUGAAGAAGACAAAAAUUUGUCAGACAAUGAAGAAAAAGAUGAGGAUGAAGCCAUGCUUGAGACGAAAAUCGAGGUGGAAUAUGAUGGGGUUCAAUAUGAUGAUAAGAGUGGCAAAGAAAAGCUGUUUAAAUGUGACCUGUGUCCUAAGAAAUAUCAAACAAAGAAGGAUUUAUUGGCGCAUAAAAAGUAUUUUCAUUUAAAAGACAAACAAGAACAAUUUAAAUGUAACAAAUGUAAUUAUGUAACUGUAAGAAAAGGUUGUUUAAAUAGGCACUUAAAAAUUCACGAAAACAAAAAUGAAUUAAAAUGCCAUAUCUGUCAAUUUAUGGCUGCUCAAUGGCGGAGUUUAAAUGAACACCUUUUAAGUAACCAUACGUUGAAAAAUGAAGAAAGAGAAAAAAUUAAAAUUAUAAAUAAAAUCCAUGAGUGCCCUAAGUGUUUAUAUUCAACUGUUUAUAAAUUAGCUUAUACAAAUCAUAUCAAAGUUUGUUUGAAAAUUAAAAAUGUUGGAAGGUAUAAAUGUCACAUUUGCCACUAUCGAAGUAUUCAUAAAAAGAAUUUAAAAAGUCAUAUAAAAUAUCAUAACAAAAUUAAAGAAUUAAAAUGUUUAUUUUGUAAAUAUUGUUUUCAUAAAAAAUUUGAAUUAGACAACCAUAUUUUAAGAAAACAUGAAGAUUUGUUGAACGAAUCCAAUAGAAUUAUUAUUACAUCCAAAAUACAUUGUUGCCAACCUUGUAAUUAUAAAACUACAAUAGCCAGUGAUUUAAAGAAACAUUUAAAUCGUUAUCAUUAAUUAUAUUUAUAAUUCACCUACAUUUAAUUAGAGAUUUAACAAGAUCCGUUUUUUUGUUUUUUUCAGUUUCCUUUUCACGUUUUUUUUUAAAUAAAAUAGUUUUCUAUCAAACUUUCUUUAAUUAAUCCAACAAGCACAAAAACAAAUUUAAUUUAGCAGUAAAAUAUAAUUUAAAAUGUCAAGAUAUGUAGGUAGGUACUACAAAUACAACGAUAAACCCUUAGAAGAGGCAUAUGCGGAAUCAAAAUUUAUAAAGUUAUAGUCUUUGUAAUCAAGCAAUUGUGUUAAUUUCUAUUAUUGUAUUUGAAUGGUCCAGAUUGUAAUAAAAGCUUUAAAAUAUUAAUUAAUCUUUAAAUAUUUUAAAAAUAUUUAAAGAUUAAAACAAAAUAAUUGUUGCCAAAAUUAUAAAUUUUAAUAUACAUAUUUAAAAAUAUUAAUUUAAGACUAAAUUUCCUAAACAAUUU